AUGGCACCAGCCUCAGGUUCGCAUGCCGACUCCAAUGCCUUGAGACAAGGCAUACGAUCGCCGCCAAAUUCAGCGGCUCACAUAUUGCAUCUCCGACCUCGCUACCCGACGGAAGCUCGCCGAAACGACUCGUUUCCCGCGGCCCAGCAGCUGGCCCAGUCAAUCUCUUCCACCGAAACGCUUGAAGCUGCCGUCACGGAAGGAGCGCAGCUGGAAGAAGCCCCGAAUCUCCUCGACUCAACCCAGUCCACUGAGCACGCGCCAGUCUCAAUUCUCGAAGCGGCCACGAAAAUUGCUCGCGACAAAACGGCAGCCCAUAACGCCAAGCUGGCAGUCUUACGGGUCUUUAGCGAAUCAUUCGAACAAGCAGCAAAGCAGUUCACGUCUGGCACCGAAAACAGCAUCGCCAAGCAAGUCGCCACCAAAUUCCUCAAAUUCUGGACUCAAUCGCUUGCCGAACUCGAGGAACCACCGAAGCCCACGUACAGCAGCGUUCUCGCAUCCGGCAAAACGAACAAAGGACAGCUGGCCUUUACAGUCCCCGCCCCACUACAGCGAAAACCACAGACCACCACUCGUCUGCCAGGACGACCGCCCGUAGCCCCACCGAAGGAAGAUCUCCGUGUCUUCGUCCGUCUUGACGCUGAUGCUCCGGCCCGAAACCACGAAAGAUACGCAAUCCGGACCCACAUCGCCGCCAGAGUCGGAAUUGACCUGCGCCGCAUCCCGGCAGUCGUCCCGGUAAAGACGGGCUGGGCUAUUCAGGCAUCGGAUGUGGCCACGCGUGACUUACUUGUGCAACGGCAGGCGGAGUGGGCUGCAGACCUGGAAGCCGCGGCCGUAGAGAUAAGCCAGAAAUGGCAUUCGUACGUGGUAGCCGAUUGUCCUCGUAGGCUCACAGACCUACGAGGUGUCGUGAUCAACUACGAGGAGGCGGUCAAAGAAGAGAUUGCCUGCCAAACCGGACUGAAGCCCAUCAGCAUACGUCUAUCGCGACACGACUCGGGUGAUAUGCCCACCCAGACCCCGAUUGUGUCCUUCCUGGAACCCACACGAAGACCCUGGAGACUUUUCGGCGCCAGCCGUCUCGCCCGUUACAUUGACAAACCCAGCAUCCCUAGCCAAUGCGAUAAAUGCUGGGAUUUCACGCUCGCCACAGCUGCGACCGGACGGCGCGCUGCAGACGUUGCGGCAAGACCAACCAUCGUAGCCAGAGUGCGCAGCCCUCGAGCACGCGUUCAUGGCAUUGUACGGCGCCUGACGAAAGAGGAGAAGGGUCUGGUGAGGCAGGCGGGAGCUCAGCUCUUCGCGCAGCAGAAAAGACAGACACCAAAUCACAACGUGCCCGAGCAGUCUCAGCGAGCCGCUUCCUCACCCCCUUGCAUCGUCGUGGCCACGACGCCGCCGCACGCUAGCGAUGAUAACGAGUUCACCCCUGUCGUCCCGAGGGCCUUGCGAGUCUUCCAAGCCAACGUGGGCAAGAUCCCUCCGGCGCAUGACACUGCGCUCGCGCUGGCUGAUUCGGAGCGAUACGACAUUAUCCUGCUGCAGGAACCAUGGACAGGACUUAAAGACGGCCGAUGCCUCACCAAGACGCAUCCGGCCUACGACACAUUCUCACCCGUCACCAACUGGGACGGCCGCGACACUCGUCCGAGAGUCAUGACAUACGUCCGGCGCUCCGCAGGCCUCGUCGCUGAUCCAAAGAGACCUGCGGCGACUCGUGACAUCCUUUGGCUCACCGUGAACGGGACGACGGUAGUUAACUUCUAUCGGCAGCCGGACUACGACGCGGCUUUGGAAAUACUGCUUGGUUGGUGCGCGACGGAUAAAUGCCUUGUAUCUGGCGACUUCAACGCCAAGCAUCCCAGCUGGCAGGCCGGUCGACAAGAGCACCGCGGCGAAGACAUCGCGUUCUGGGCCAUGGAUAACCGACUCAGCUUAUUGAAUGCUGUCGAUGUCCCGACUAACGCGCGCGGCAGCACGAUCGAUCUCGCCUUCUCCAAUAUACCUUUGGCGGACGCGAUUGUUGAGGAUCAUUUAGCAACCGGAUCCGACCACUUUACCCUUAGUAUCACGCUGCCUAGUCAAGCCCUAGCACCCCUUCCAUUAUGCAAGAUCCGCCUCAACUCCGAUGAGGAAUUGAAGCGAUUUGUCGAGCUGGUAGAAGCCGCGAGAGCUGCUGGCCGACCCGUCCGUAAGACGACGCAUGGGGCGCGAUGGUGGAACGAAGAGUGCGCAAAGGCGGCGGCCAAUUAUCGCGCGUGGAGGAGGGUGUACCCUCUCGGCUUCGACCGAGAAGUGCAGCUAGCCAAGCAGGAGCUUCACAAUGCAGUGCGCCGAGCAAAACGCCUUUACUGGCGUGACUUGAUCGACAGCUUUGCCGACGGCGACUCCGUCUUUCGGGCGGUCCGCUGGCUAAAAUCCUCAGGGCCGUGCCAGGCACCUCCCCUGCAAGUAGACGGCCGAGUGUACGAGACGCAGCUGGAGAAAGCCACCGCCUUGCGGCGAGCAACUCUGGAGCGGCGCACAGCGAGCGACGACAUCCCAGACCCGUGGAUUCCCGUGAACACGGAUAAGAUGAUUCCCUUUCCCGAUCAGGUCUCCUUCGAGGAGGCUCGCGACGCCACUCUACGCACCGGGAACACAUCUCCAGGCUCGGACAACAUCACGGUGCGGAUGCUUCGCGCUGUCUGGCAUGCAAUCGGCAGUCUCGUCCAUCAGCUGUAUCAAGGCUGCCUCACCAUUGGGCGCAGAGAUCUGUCCACACCCCGCGCCUGGCGCCCCAUCUCCCUUUUGUCUUGUCUCGGCAAGGGCCUCGAGCGGCUCAUUGCACGGCGUCUAGCAUGGGCCUCAAUCCACUUCGGCGUACUACACCCACAACAAGCCGGCGCGCUUCCGAAGAGGUCGGCCGUGGAUCUCGUAGCUGCCUUGGUUCACGACAUCGAGGAAGCAUUCGCCCGGAAGCAGGUCGCAACCCUGGUGACCUUGGAUAUACAAGGCGCCUUCGAUACAGUUCUCUGCAAUAGAUUGGUCCUCCGCUUACGAGAACAAGGAUGGCCAUCGAACCUCGCGCGCUGGGCCGGCUCGUUCAUGCAGGACAGAUCGGUACGCAUCCGCUAUCAAGACAUUGUGACGGAUUCAUCGCCCCUCCAGUGCGGUCACUCUCAGGGACGCUCCGGCUACGCGGACGACACUGCCAUUCUGUGCCUUCUUUCGUGGGGCGCCGCCAACGGGAUCUCUUUCGACCCCGACAAGACAGAAGUGAUGCACUUCUCUCGAACGAAGCCCAAGACGGCGCCGCCGGUGCUCCACGGCGACUCUCUCUCUUUCAAGACACACGUCGAGAAAUGGACGGCCAAGGCGCAAGCUGUUGCAUUUCACCUUAGGAGACUGACGAACACCAAACAUGGCCCUCUGCCGAGUGCUAUGCGACGAGCCCCCGCGCUGGACGAAGCCUUCCAAGGAGGGCCGUCGGGGAUUGGCAACCUCAUCAAGAAGAUGAGCAAGGCACUCUACACGUCUCUUCGGGCUAUUCUGCCAGUGUGGAGGACGACACCGACGAACGUGCUGCACAGGGAGGCGGGAAUACCGCCCGUUCCUCUACUCCUCGAAGGGCGUCGAACGGCCUUUGCUGCGCGCCUUAAAGCUCUCGACGAAGCUCAUCCGCUCGUCCAGCGCACGUCGCGACCAAAAGCUCCCGUCGUGACCGUGAACAAACUUAUCAAGUUGAAGUACCAGAAACAGCCACAGCCCUUCCGUACCAGACUGCGGCGAGCCGACGAAAUGCUAUCGAGCUGCCCGAGACCUGCUUUACUGCAGCGCGGAUUUGCCGAAGAGCAGACUGCGCCUCUGCAGAGUGCAUCGAAACACGAGACGGCGAAGAAAUUUCGCGACUGGCUUCAGGCACUAUCGCCCCGAACUCUUGUCGUCUACUCCGACGGGUCUCGUUCUGAGGAAGGCCACACCGGAUACGGCUAUGCUGUUCACCGGGACGGAUCCACCGUCUUGAGCGGCAAGGGCCGUCUUGGAACAGCUGAGGUUUUCGACGCUGAGGCGAAAGGUGCAUUGGAGGGGUUGAAGGCUGCGGUGAGCCUUCCAGAAACUGACCGCAUCUUUGUCUGCCUCGACAACCUCGCGACCGCAACAUGCUUACGGGGCACGCCGAACGACUCCUCGCAAGAGGUCUUCCUUGAGUUUCAAUCUUUGGCGCGAAAAUACGGAGCUGUGGAGGUCCAUUGGAUCCCCGGCCAUGCUGACAUCCCAGGCAACGAGGAGGCUGAUGCUCUGGCAAAGCCGGAAGAGGCUUUCAAGGCCUGGUGGGAAGCCUCUGCGCCGGAGCGAUACAGAGACCUGAGGCUUAAAGCCACAACCAGCUGUUUGGUCACGACGAUGCGCGACUGA